ACUGAUGCGCAUGCGUGCUGUCAUUCGGAACAGGUAGUGAAACCGGCUUAAAAGUUCAGCUCCUUCACACUAGACUAUUUAACUCACAAACCCUCGUCUUGAUUCAGAGAUCACAGGAUUAUGAAUGUGAGCUUUUCUGUCGGAGUGAACUCGAUCAUUACGCACGGAGUUUAUCAGUGAAAUAGCGCGUUCUGUGUGGGUGACAAUGCGGAACCCCCUCAGGAGAUAUCCGUGGCUGACUAACGUGACUCUAUACUCGGGUCUGUACGCUGGUGGGGACUUGAUGCAGCAGUGUUUGUCGAACAAGAAUAAUGGAAAGAUUGACUGGAGGCGCACGAGAAACGUUGCGAUCGUCGCGUUCUGCUUUAACGGCAACUUCAACUUUUUCUGGAUGCGCUUCUUAGAGCGCAGACUUCCCGGAAGCUCCGUGAGCACAGUGUUGCGGAAACUCGCCAUGGACCAGACCAUAUCCUUACCUCUGGCCAUUACUGCCUUCUACACAGGUUUGAGCCUUUUAGAGAGUAAAGAUGACAUACUGGAGGACUGGAGAAACAAGUUUUUUAAUACAUACACAACAGGACUCAUGUUUUGGCCAUUCGCACAGUGCCUGAACUUUGCCUUGGUGCCUUUGUACCUGCGAACUACCUUUACGGGUUGCUGUGCUUUUGUCUGGGCUACAUUCCUCUGCUUCUCUCGCCAACGUGGAGACGGGACCCUGAAAGCGGCUCUGAACAUGAUACACCAACUGAACAGUGAAGUGAAGGUUCAGGAAUCCAGUGAGAGCAAGUGAUUCUGUGAACAUACUGCAAGAAAGGGUCCUGAUCUUUAUUCUAUAUAGAGUUCUGUGUACAGCUCCAAAUCCUUAUGCACAGAUGGUUAAAAUACUUAUAUGCACACAUUGUUUUUUCAGUACAUGUAUUAUAACAAUGUUCAUAAAAGACAUCAUUAUCAAAUCCUCAUAUUUAACACGUCCCACCUGCAAUCUGCUUCGGGUAAACUUGCUUAUUUACAAUGCUUAUUGCUAUAUAAAUAAUAUUUAAUUUAAAAAUCAUUUUGCAUAUUUAACUUGGUUAAAUGUAGUAGAAUGUACUGGACAAGAGUAAUAUAUUUAAUGACCUCUUAUCUUUGAAUAUCUUUGAAUACAAAAUAUAUUUUUUUGUGAUAUUGAUGACUUAGAAACACACACAAGGAAAAAACAAUGAGGCAAGUGCAAAACUUGGUUAAUAAGCAACAAGAUGUGUUUCAUAAAAAAAAAAAAGCCUUUAAGAUUUAACAAAAUGUUUUCUAAUGUUAGUGUCUGUUAAAAUAUUUGAACAAAAUUGUGUAUAUCUUAUGUUUAUGAAUUAUGUUACUUAUGAUUGUAUGUACAAUGUGCCGAGCCUGUAUAAACAACAAAAUCUAAAACGAUGCUGUCUGUGUAAUAUUACUACACAUAUGAAAUAUUUUAGAGCUAAACUUCAUUCUGGAUCGUGUGUAGAUGCAUUUUGUUGCAUUUCUGCAAAAUGGGGACUGCAUGGAGUUUUUUUUAUUAUACCUCAUAAUAAAGAGACAUGAAUGUCA